UUCAUUUCAGCUGUAAAUGCCCGCGACGAAACGGCGAGACUUGAUAAACAUUCUCGAAAGCUAGAAAACUGGGUGACAAUCCUCGUAAAUUAAAUAAAAGUGUAACAUAGAAAACUUUAAGCUUGUAAGCAUCUCGAAUAAAAUCCAGUUACUCAAUCUCAGUGUAGAUUAGUGGUCUGGCGAAAUUGAUCGAUACUGCGCAUUAAGAAUAUUUUUGCAUGUUAGCCUAUCACAGACUUAACAAAGAAGUUGAUGCACUUAUGAUCCCGAAGUACGAAUUAAAUCGGUAAACUAUAUAAUGCAGACAAAGGCGACCGCAGCAAUUAAGUGAAAAACCUGCAAACAUUACAUGAACAAGGAAGACAACGUUUCUAAAAAAAAAGACAAAUUGUGGGACAUGAUAAGGACUUGAUUGAGCCAUAGCCGAAUACCAAAGACACUUAACAUCUAAUCCACUCAAGGCCAACAGAUAAAGCUAGUAAUAAAAGAUAACAGUAUCGUCAUCAUCAAAAUCAACAAAAAGAGUUAACCACAAUGAAUGUGAGCAGCGGAUUCUUCGAUGAACACUUUGGCAUGAUCUACUCAAAUCUGGUUAAUCAGUAUAUGCCCGAAUAUAUAAAGAGCUUGGAGUACACACCAUGGGUAUUUUCGCUACUCGGUUCCAUUGUGAUUGGCCUCAGCGGCAUUUUUCCGCUUUUCAUCAUACCCUCCAACGAGAAGUUGGCUAAAGAGGGCUAUAAAGAUCCAUCCGAGUCCAAGUUUUUGAGGGUGCUGCUCAGUUUUGCGGUGGGCGGACUGUUGGGUGAUGUUUUCCUACAUUUACUGCCAGAAGCCUGGGAGGGCGAUAACCAGAACUCCGACGGUCAUCCAUCGUUGCGCUCCGGCAUGUGGGUGCUUUCCGGAAUACUCAUCUUUACCAUAGUCGAGAAAAUCUUCUCCGGCUACACGAGCGCCGACGAGGAGAAUCCUCAGCCCAAGUGCGUGGAAAUCGCCAAUUGUCUGCUGCGUCGCCAUGGCGGCAAAUUGCCCGAGGGUCAGACGUCGGACAGUUGCGGUGGCGCCUGCGACAUUGAGGAUGUGGGCAAGGUCUGCUUUUUGCGGGAACGCGAACAGAAGGCCAAGGUGCAAAAGGAGCAGCCCAAGAAAGUCGCUGGCUAUUUGAAUCUGCUGGCCAAUUCCAUAGACAAUUUCACCCACGGUCUCGCAGUGGCCGGUUCUUUUCUGGUUUCCUUCAGGCACGGAGUGCUGGCCACUUUUGCCAUUUUGCUUCAUGAAAUUCCACAUGAAGUGGGAGACUUUGCCAUUCUUUUGCGUUCUGGUUUUAGUCGAUGGGAUGCGGCACGCGCACAAUUGCUGACGGCCGGUGCCGGCCUAUUGGGUGCUCUCGUGGCCAUAGGCGGCUCCGGGGUGACAUCAGCAAUGGAGGCGCGUACCUCCUGGAUUAUGCCAUUCACCGCUGGCGGGUUUCUACAUAUUUCAUUGGUCACAGUAUUACCAGAUCUCUUAAAGGAGGAGGAGCGCAAGGAGUCUGUCAAACAGCUGCUGGCCCUAGUCUUUGGCAUUGCCUUAAUGGCCCUCAUGACGAUGCUAUUCGAGCACUGAGCGCCCAAACAAACGAUUAGAAGUUGCUUUCAAAUUUUCUGUUAUCUUCAUAGCCACUGCAUAUCGAAAUUGUCAUUGGCAGUACAAAUUGCCAGAUAUUUGUUGUACUACAACUUCGACUACGACUAAUUGACGGGCCCUGUGUGUUUGUGUUAUGUAAUUAUAGCCAACUAAUACGAAUGAUAUUUGAACUAUUGUUAUUGAUUACGUAUAUUUUGUAACAUACUGUAUGAAUUAAAAUUGCAUAGAAACAAACGAAAAAAAAAUAUACACUUAAAUAUACUUCUCAUUUAAGCA